GGGCGGGAAGGAAAUCUGUGUUUCACUGGUUCUGUAUACGUGAGGGCAUGCGGAAUAAGUAGCAAUUACGAGACCAGAAGCAGCGUACAAGUAAACUCGGUGUUCCUCUUGCUUAGGCAGAGAGAUCCAGCAUGCCACCUCAAAGGCUUUUCGCUUUACCAAGACAGGAAUCCUUGGUUCUUCCGGCCGUACUGAAUCCCUUUUUACACGAACUGCACCUGACGGCGGGGGAGACGUUUAAACUUGUGCUUCUUGGUCUGGUUCUGGUUCCAGUCCGUGUGCUAUGCAUGGUUGUGCUUCUUUUAUUGGCCUGGCCAUUUGCUGCCUUUGCUACACUACGGCUACCCACAAAACUUUCUGCUGAGCCCAUGAAAGGCUGGAGGAGGUGCCUAAGUUAUGUAGCAGUUAGCGUUGCAGGUCGCAUCUUUUUCUACAUCAUGGGUUUCCGGAUCAUCAUAAAAGGCACUAGAGUAAGCAGUAAAGAGGCUCCUAUUCUUGCUGUUGCACCACAUUCUAGUUUUUUUGAUGGAAUUGUAUGUGUCAUUGCUGGCCUGCCCUCCACAGUGUCUCGGUCAGAAAAUUUACAAACACCCGUGUUUGGAA